ACGAGCGCGGCCAGCCGCGCCGCCUGACAGGUGUGGGGACCCAGCGGCGGCGGCGGCUCGGAGCAUUAUGUACGCCAAAGCGGGCAAGGGCUCGGCCGUGCCCUCCGACAGUCAGGCCCGUGAGAAGUUGGCGCUGUAUGUGUACGAGUACCUGCUGCACAUCGGGGCCCAGAAGUCAGCGCAGACCUUUCUGUCCGAGAUCCGGUGGGAGAAGAACAUCACGCUGGGGGAGCCCCCGGGCUUCCUGCAUUCCUGGUGGUGCGUGUUCUGGGACUUGUACUGCGCAGCGCCUGACCGCAGAGAGGCAUGCGAGCACUCCAGCGAGGCCAAGGCCUUCCAGGACUACAGCGCUGCGGCUGCCCCCAGUCCUGUGAUGGGGAGCAUAGCCCCCAACGAUGCAAUGGCAGCAGGCCCCAUGGCACCUGGCUUCUUCCAGGGCCCCCCUGGCUCCCAGCCAGCCCCCCACAACCUCAGCACCCCAAUGAUGGGGCCUCACAUUCAGCCCUUCAUGUCACCACGGUUCCCAGGGGGCCCCCGGCCCACCCUGCGGAUGCCGAGUCAGCCUCCCGUGGGCCUCCCUGGCUCCCAGCCCCUCCUCCCUAGCACCAUGGACCCCUCCCCGCGUGCUCAGGGGCAUCCGAACAUGGGCCCCAUGCAGAGGGUGACUCCUCCACGGGGCAUGGCCAGCGUUGGGCCCCAGAGCUAUGGAAGUGGCAUGCGGCCCCCACCCAACUCCCUCGCUGGCCCAGGCCUGCCCGCAAUGAACAUGGGCCCCGGAGUGCGCGGCCCGUGGGCCAGCCCCAGUGGCAACUCGAUCCCCUAUUCUGCCUCCUCCCCUGGCAGCUACACAGGACCCCCAGGAGGCGGUGGGCCCCCUGGAACACCCAUCAUGCCCAGCCCUGGAGACUCCACCAACUCCAGCGAGAACAUGUACACCAUCAUGAACCCCAUGGGGCCAGGUGCCGGCAGGGCUAAUUUCCCACUGGGCCCCAGCCCAGAGGGCCCUAUGGCAGCCAUGAGUGCGCUGGAACCUCACCACGUGAACGGAUCCCUGGGCUCGGGCGACAUGGACGGGUUGCCGAAGAGCUCCCCCGGCGCAGUGGCCGGCCUGAGCACCGCCCCGGGCACCCCGCGGGAUGACGGCGAGAUGGCGGCCACCGGGACUUUCCUGCACCCGUUCCCGAGCGAAAGCUACUCGCCUGGGAUGACCAUGAGCGUGUGACGGGGCAGCAGCCCCUUGCCCACUGCUGGCCUCGUCCUCUGCCCAGCGCCCCUGCCCUGGGGCCAAGGGCCAGUGGCUCAGGUGGUCUGCAGGGGGAGGGUCUGAGGUCACACCUCGGGCAACUGGACUCCCGGUCCAGGCUUGGAGCCUGGGAGGCCCCCCCAUGAAGGACUCUCAUUUUAUUAAAAAAACAAAACAAAACAAAAACAAAAAAAACGCAAGGACCUCAGUGAUGCUCUUUUCCAUGUGGGCCCGACCCCCACCCUCACCUGUUUGUCUUGGGGGACUCCUGGGGGGGCCUCCUUCCCUCGAGACAGUAAGGGGUGGGCCCC